AUGGUUCUCCAAUGGUUCCCCUCCCCAGGUUGCCCUCCGUUGGACCCAGCGGCCAGCGUUAGCUGUGGUGAUGGUGAUGGUGAUGGACCAUCCUCCAAUCCUGGAGCAUCCUGGAGCAUCCUGGAGAUGGGGCAUGGGUCAGUGCUGAAAAAGGCUGAUGGGAAACCAUGCGAUGAAGCUGUGCCAUGCUGGAUGGUGAGACUGCUUCGACAUGCGGCAAAGGUUGAGACCUAUCCCAGCGUCAAUCGCUACAUUCAUGGAAGGAGGGUCCAGGUAUGGCAAGGUUCUCUGGGGAGCCCUAACCUUCAGUCGCAGCAGCAGGAGCUGCUUUGGUGGAUUCGCUCACCUGCUGCCCGACUGGCAGCCAAUGUGGUGCAGGACCCCGGAGCGGCGCAGCAAGUCAUGGCAGAUCUGCGCUCGGCCGUGAACGUCCUGGUCCUCAUCUCUGCGUCGAUGGCCUUUCUGAAAUUGUGCCUCAACAUGAUGAGGUCCCUGCAACGCCUAAACCACGACCGCCGCGCUUUGCGGUGGCCGGAGGAUCCGAAAGCUCCGCUCCGAGGUUCUGAGGUGACUCGCUCUGCUUUCAAGGAGGCGAUGGAACUGGCCAACAGCCCUGCAUGUCGCUUGGCUCGAAGGCUGCCACAAAGCUGGGUUGUUGAACGAGGAACGAUCGAACUGUGA